ACGCCAGCCUGAGCCCCUUUAAGCUGGAGCCCUUGUACACCACCUCCCCCUCGGCCAAUGGACAGCGCAUUUGCUUCACCGUCGCCCCCGUUCAGCGCUGCCCCGCGGAGGAGCCCUGCUGCAGCCAGGCCGACUUUUACAAACUGGAAAUCCGGGUGUACGGCCUCGCCCGUGACAUGGCCCUUUUCAAGCUGCCCCGCCUCAACCUGACCACCACUAAUGCCACCGGCGCCAAGAUUUGCAUCACGCUUCGGGAUCCAUGUCCCAACAUGGCGGCUCUCUGCCCGGAGGGUGACGGCAGCUGCACCUAUGCAGUCGGUCAGUCGGCCAUUCCGCACAAGUGCUGCCCGGUCAACAAGCUGAGUCUGCCGCCGCCGCCGCCCCCCGCCGUACCGCUCAUUCCCGGCGUCAGCAUCCCUCCCCCGCCACCGCCCCCACCGCCCAAGGCGCAUGUCAGGGCCGCCGCUGCCAUCACCGGCAGCAGCAGCGCCAGCAGCAGCAGCUCUGCUCAGUCCCGGCGUCCGGCGCCGUACACGGGAACCUUUCCGUACACCAGCAACUGCAACCAAACCAGCGGCCUGAUGCCCUUUCGCCUAGCUGCACCCGUACUCAGUCGUACAAUUUCUGGUGGUAAUGUGUACUGCUUUUCACUGGAGUCCUCCACCUGCGCCGACCCCUCGUCUUCCUGUUGCUCGUCCAAUCUGCUUCGAGUUGACUGGUGGAGCUAUGACACAUGCCGAGGCAGUGUCAGGGCCUACGUCGACAAGGUGUCGUACCCGGUCACCUGGGACCAGGGUGGCACAUUCCGACUGACCAAGCUCAACUACUCGCGGGAUGAGGUGGCCUCCCGACCCAAGCAGCUCUGCAUUGAGCUGCGUAAGGACGGACCCUGCGACACCCUGGGCAGGUUUUGCCGACUGGGGGAGAGCUCCGGCAGCUGCACCUACGCGCUCUAUGACGGCGCACAGACCUGCUGCCCCACGGGCGCCACACCGGGCUCUUCUAGGUAG